GUCCUGGAAAGAAACGACACGUCGUUUGAGCCCUGAAACGUAUGCCCCCUCUCCCCUAGUCGCUCCCAGAGCCAGUGUAGUCGUUGUUGUCUCUGGCCCUCUGCUGCGUCACAACACAGAAAUUACGUAAUACUUUGGGUGACAAUCGUCGAAAGCAAAGCAGAAAAAAUUUUGAUUGCACAAGAUGAGAGUAUAUUUCAAUUUUAUGUUCAUUCUCCUUGUGUUGUGCAUAGCUUCAUGUUUUAGAUCAGCUUCUUGUGCUGUCAAGCACCCCUUCCUCGGAAUUUCUCCUCAAGAUGAGAAGUACUACAAGUCAUCAUCGGAUUCCAUCAAAUGCAAAGACGGAUCCAAGAAAUUCUUCAAAUCGCAGCUCAAUGAUGACUUCUGCGAUUGCCCUGACGGCACCGAUGAGCCUGGUACAUCGGCCUGCCCAACUGCAAAAUUUUACUGCCAGAAUGCUGGACAUCUUCCGCAAUUCUUAUUUUCUUCUAGAGUGAAUGAUGGUAUCUGUGAUUGUUGUGAUGGGAGUGACGAGUAUGAUGGUCAAGUGAAGUGCCCCAAUACCUGCUGGGAGGCUGGCAAAGUGGCUAGAGAUAGGCUGAUCAAAAAGAUCACUACCUAUAAGGAGGGGGUUACACUGCGAAAGCUGGAAAUUGAACAGGCUAAAAUAGCUAUAGCCAAAAAUAAAGCAGAACUAACAAAGCUUAAAGAUGAGGAGAAGAUAUUGAAGGGCCUUGUUCAAGAGCUUAAAGAACGUAAAGAACAGAUAGAGAAGGCAGAGGAGAAAGAGAGGCUGCAGAAAGAGAAGGAAGAGAAGGAAAAAAGAGAAGCUGAGGAAGCUUUAAGGGAGAAAACGAAAGCUGAGGAGGAAGGGAAGGUGGAAAAUGAAAAAGUUGAGCAAGAUGCUAGAAGUGAAGACAAACCAACAGAAAGUACACACGAUGAUACAAUUGGUAACAUUGAGGAUUCUUCUUUAAAUGAGGACCUCAAAGUACAUGACAGUUAUGAUGAUCCAGCACCAGAAGUUGAAAAUGAUGAUACUUCCAAAACUGAAGGAGCUCCACUUAAUAGUAUAGAGGAGCAUGUGUUAGAAAAUGAACAUGGGCCUGCUUCGGCAAAACAUGAGGAUGAUUCUGCUGUUGCAGCUGAUAUUGAUCAUGAUGCUGGAAGCAAAGUAUCACCUGAUGAAGUCAAGAAAGUGGAGAGUGAAGCAUCUGAAAAUACGGAAGGAUUGUCAAGGGAAGAGUUAGGUCGCCUUGUUGCUUCCCGUUGGACUGGAGAAAGUAAUGAGAAUCAAGGUGGCACCAAUGAUAAUUCUGAUGACAGCCAUGAAGAGAUGCUGAAGGACACACAUGAUGAGCAAUAUGACGGAUAUGCUUCUGAUACUGAUGAGGAUAUUGGAAAAUAUGAUGACAGUGGAAAAUAUGAUGAUGAUAAUGAUAUAGAUGAUGAAGUAGAUGAAGGUUAUGAAGAGGAGAAUCAUGAUGAUAUGCCUUCGUACAAAUCUGACUUAGAUGAUGAACCUGACUUGUCAGAUACAACGUCCACAAAUAACCCAUCUUGGUUGGGGAAGAUACAACAAACAGUGAGGAAUAUUCUACAGGCUGUUAAUUUAUUCCAAAAGCCAGUAAACAUAUCAGAGGCUGCUCAUGUACGCAAGGAAUAUGAUGAAUCCAGUGCGAAGCUAUCUAAAAUACAGUCAAGGAUAUCAAGUUUGACACAAAAGCUAAAACAUGACUUUGGACCAGAGAAGGAGUUCUACUCAUUCUAUGAUCGUUGUUUUGAGAGCAAGCAGAAUAAGUAUGUUUACAAAGUGUGCCCAUACAAACAAGCUUCUCAGGAGGAGGGCCACGCCACUACUCGUUUGGGGCGUUGGGACAAAUUUGAGGACUUGUACCGGAUGAUGGUAUUUUCAAAUGGAGAUAAGUGCUGGAAUGGCCCAGAUAGGAGUAUGAAGGUGAAAUUACGAUGCGGUUUGAAAAACGAGAUCACUGAUGUUGAUGAACCAAGCCGUUGCGAAUAUGUAGCUUUGUUGUCUACACCAGCUCUUUGCGUGGAAGAUAAGCAAAGGGAGCUGCAACAAAAACUAGAUUUGAUGAACAAAGAACAACCUCAGGAACAUGAUGAACUUUGAGGAGCCUGAACAGAAUUUUUGCAGAUGCACUAGAGGAUUUGGACUCCGUAACUAAUCUAUUCUUGGAAGGCGUAUCAGUGUAAUUUUAGAGAUGUAAAAUGUGGCCUUUCCGAGCUGGUAGGCUGAAGAAUUUCAAGCAAUAUCUGAGGUGGCCUCCUGAAAAUUUUUUUCCUAGUGGAGUAUGCUUCAUUAUUGCAAUUACACGGGUGGAUUGAGGUGCAAUUAUUAUUUGUCUGGCUAAAAAACUGAUUUUGGUAACAUUAGUGCUGUCAUAUAUACUUGAAUAUCUGCAUAGAAUAAUUAUAAAGAUACUAAUAGUCAAAGAUGACAUUAGUUCCAGUGACC